AUUCCGGAAGCGGUGCGAUGGCGGCGGCAGCGGCGGCAAUGACAAUGUCCGAGGCCUGGCCGGAGCUGGAGCUGGCGGAGCGCGAGCGUCGACGCGAGCUGCUGCUGACCGGACCCGGGCUGGAGGAGCGGGUGAAGGCGGCGGGCGGGCGGCUACCGCCGCGGCUCUUCACGCUGCCGCUGCUGCACUACCUCGAGGUGAGCGGCUGCGGCAGCCUGCGUGCACCCGGGCCGGGCCUAGCGCAGGGCCUGCCGCAGCUGCACAGCCUGGUGCUGCGGCGCAACGCGCUGGGUCCCGGCCUGAGCCCGGAGCUGGGGCCGCUGCCGGCGCUGCGCGUGCUCGACCUGUCGGGCAACGCGCUGGAGGCGCUGCCGCCGGGCGAGGGCCUGGGCCCCGCCGAGCCUCCCGGUCUGCCGCAGCUGCAGAGCCUCAACCUCAGCGGCAACCGCCUGCGCGAGCUGCCCUCCGACCUGGCCCGCUGCGCCCCUCGCCUGCAGAGCCUCAACCUCACCGGCAACUGCCUGGACGCCUUCCCCGCCGAGCUCUUCCGGCCAGGAGCUCUGCCCCUGCUCAGUGAGCUGGCAGCUGCUGACAACUGUCUGCGGGAGCUGAGCCCAGACAUCGCGCACCUGGCUUCGCUCAAGACACUGGACCUCUCUAACAACCAACUGACUGAGAUCCCCACCGAGCUGGCAGACUGCCCUAAACUCAAAGAGAUCAACUUUCGAGGAAACAGGCUUCGGGACAAGCGGCUGGAGAAGAUGGUGGGUGGCUGCCAGACCAAGUCCAUCCUAGAGUAUCUGCGUGCUGGUGGCCGCGGCGGUCGGAGCAAGGGCCGGCAAGAGGGCUCCGAGAAGGAGGACAGAAAGAAGAGGCGGGAGCGGAAGCAGCGUCGGGAAAGCGGGGAGGUUGAAGAGGAGAUAGCUGACUCAGCCAGACUGAUGCUCAAGGUCUUGCAUGUCUCUGAGAACCCCACACCCCUGACAGUCAGGGUGAGCCCGGAGGUCAGGGAUGUGCGCCCAUACAUCGUGGGGGCCGUUGUGAGAGGCAUGGACCUGCAGCCAGGAAAUGCACUCCGGCGCUUUCUCAACUCCCAGACGAAGCUUCAUGAGGACCUCGGUGAGAAGAGGACAGCAGCAACCAUUGCGACUCAUGAUCUCCAGGCAGUGCGCGGGCCCCUGCUGUAUACAGCCCGGCCACCGGAGGGCCUCAAGAUUGUGCCUUUGGGGCGGAGAGAAGCCAAGGCCAAGGAGCUGGUGAGGCAACUGCAACUGGAGGCUGAGGAGCAGAGAAAACAGAAGAAGAGGCAGAGCGUCUCAGGGCUGCACAGGUACCUUCACCUACUGGACGGGAAAGAAAACUACCCAUGUCUUGUGGAUGCGGAGGGAGAUGUGAUUUCCUUCCCACCUAUAACGAACAGUGAGAAGACAAAGAUUAAGAAAACAACAUGCAACUUGUUCUUGGAAGUAACCAGUGCCACCAGCCUCCAGCUCUGUAAGGACAUCAUGGACAACCUCAUCCUGAGAAUGGCAGAACUGAGCAGAAGCACCUCAGAAAAUAAAGAGGAAGACGUGCUCUCGGGAACGGAGGCUGAUGCCAGCUGUGGGCUUUCUGAUCCCAACUUGAAUCUGAGAGCUGGGAAGGAUGGACAGUGCCCCCUGGUGGUGGAGCAGGUCCGGGUGGUGGACCUGGAGGGGAGUUUGAAGGUGGUGUACCCAUCCAAGGCCGACCUGCUAGCCGUCCCUCCCCAUGUGACUGUGGUUCGCUGACAGCCCUGCGGGUGUGCUGUAGGCAAGUGUGGCUGUUCUUCGUUCCUUUCCCAGGGUACUUUAAGGAGUCUGCUUUGUCCGGGUGACUGUUGUAACCUGAGUUGUGUAUCAUUACAGCACUAAUGUGAUUCUCUGUCUAUUGUUCUCAUGGAUCGUUGAGAUAACUGCUGGAAAUGCUCGGAAUCAUGCGUCAGAAAACGUAGGAAAGACCCUGCACUUGGUUGGCCGUGCAGUGUAAAUUCACGUUGAGUUCAGGCAUUCUGUUGAACAGGGUUUAUUUUUCUACAACAUGUUAGCUCUUUUUAACAUCAUCUGUGCAGGAACAUCAUGUUGUGAUCUGAGUCUUUUUCGAGCUUCCUUCCUAGCAUGGAGCUGUGGCCAUGCUCCCAGCACACACCUGCCAUCCCUGGAGCCAGAGCGCUUGGUCCUAAGAACCAGCCAGCUGCAAAGGGGCCUCCCUGGCCCCAUGCCUUAGCAUCUGGCGGAGCAGACAACCAGCCCUCCAGCCUUUCCACUUGACACCAUCUUCUCGUGGGUGGUCUUUGACCAAAGGACAAUUUCUAUCUUCUUUAAAAGAACAAUGGUUUGGGUUUGGGCCUGCUGUUUGGGAGUUUGGUUCUGUUUUGAGGCUGUGCAAGAGCCUUUAGUUGUCAGACCAGUGAGGUUCCAGGCCUCUCCUGGGAGUGUCCUGGACAAAGCUGGUAGGUGUUUUCCAGAGCUCCAUGAGACACAGUUGCUCACAGGUCCCUUUGAGUGGCCAUGGCAAGAGUUUUCCCACUGUGUGGCUUCACCAAAGUGUGUAAGGGUGGCGCUGCCCUGUGCCCAUCCUGUCCCCCGCCCCUAGUUCCUGCUGUUCCUCUAGCACAGCCCAUGACAACCUUCGGAUUUUGGAACUGAUUUUACAGAUAUAAGCAGAGCGCCCCUUUGUUUUAAUAAAACUAAUAAAAACCCAUUGGUAGCAGCA